AGGGCGGCGUAGCGGGAGUUAUCACUGCGACUAUCACUCUUCCAAAAUGCGUUUGUACUGUCUCAGUGGGGAUUUGGCCAAGCCAUGCUACAUCAUCACUUUCAAGGGUCUGAAGAUAAUGCUGGACUGCGGCUUGACGGAGCAGACGGUGCUGAAUUUCCUGCCCCUGCCCUUUGUCCAGUCCCAGAAGUGGUCCAACCUUCCCAAUUACACCCUCAGUCGUGACCAUGAUCCCCAGAUGGAUGGCGAACUCAAGGAUUGUUGCGGGAGAGUAUUUGUGGAUUCUACGCCAGAAUUCAACCUCCCCAUGGACAAAAUGCUGGACUUUAGCGAAGUGGAUGUGAUACUUAUCUCGAACUAUCUAAAUAUGCUGGCACUACCGUACAUCACGGAGAACACGGGGUUCAAGGGCAAAGUUUACGCCACGGAGCCCACCCUGCAGAUUGGGAGGUUCUUCCUGGAGGAGCUGGUAGAUUAUAUAGAGGUCUCACCGAAGGCUUGUACGGCUCGUCUCUGGAAAGAGAAACUCCACCUCCUGCCAAGUCCGUUAAGCGAAGCAUUCCGAUCUAAAAAGUGGCGUACCAUCUUCAGUCUGAAGGAUGUCCAGGGCAGUCUCUCCAAGGUCACGAUAAUGGGCUACGACGAGAAGCUGGACAUCCUGGGCGCCUUCAUAGCUACUCCUGUCAGCUCUGGCUACUGUCUGGGAUCCAGUAACUGGGUUUUGAGCACGGCGCAUGAAAAGAUCUGCUAUGUGAGCGGCUCCUCCACCCUGACCACGCAUCCUCGGCCCAUCAAUCAGUCGGCACUGAAGCAUGCGGAUGUCCUUAUUAUGACCGGACUGACCCAGGCACCCACUGUAAAUCCCGACACCAAACUUGGCGAACUCUGCAUGAACGUGGCUCUGACGAUUCGGAAUAAUGGAUCCGCUUUGAUACCCUGUUAUCCCUCUGGAGUGGUCUACGAUCUCUUCGAGUGCCUGACGCAGAACUUGGAGAAUGCAGGACUCAACAACGUGCCCAUGUUCUUUAUUUCCCCCGUGGCAGACAGCUCCCUGGCCUACUCGAACAUUUUGGCGGAGUGGCUCAGUUCAGCCAAGCAGAACAAGGUCUAUCUUCCAGACGAUCCCUUCCCCCAUGCCUUCUACCUGAGGAAUUCAAAGCUAAAGCACUACAAUCAUGUCUUUUCCGAAGGCUUCAGCAAGGACUUCCGGCAGCCCUGUGUGGUUUUCUGUGGCCAUCCCAGUCUGCGCUUCGGCGAUGCCGUUCAUUUCAUCGAAAUGUGGGGCAACAAUCCCAACAACUGCAUUAUCUUUACAGAGCCCGACUUUCCGUAUUUGCAAGUAUUAGCACCGUUCCAGCCGCUGGCCAUGAAGGGCUUCUAUUGCCCCAUCGACACCUCCCUAAACUAUCAGCAGGCCAACAAGCUGAUCAAGGAGCUUAAGCCGAACGUCCUGGUCAUACCGGAGGCCUACACCAAGCCACACCCCUCGGCCUCGAAUUUGUUCAUCGAACAGCCAGACAAAAAGAUAAUAACCUUCAAGUGCGGCGAGAUAAUACGACUGCCACUGAAAAGAAAGCUGGAUCGGAUAUACAUCACCUCGGAAUUGGCUCAAAAAAUCUCUCCUCGCGAAGUGGCCGCUGGUGUGACCUUCUCCACGCUGACGGGAGUCCUUCAAGUCAAAGACAAAGUGCACUGCAUCCAACCAUGUGCGGAAAGCACGCAGGACGAAGCGACGAACGGCACCAGCACCAGCACGGCUCCAACCAAGGAGGAUGUGAUGAAAAAUAUCAAGUACGAGUACGGCAGUAUUGAUGUGGAAGCUUUGAUGAAGCGACUAACGCAGGAUGGAUUCUCCAAUAUCAAGCUGGAUCGAACGGGUGGAGCUCUAACGCUCAACCUGGUAAACGAGGACACUAUUAUCAAAUUCGAGGAUAACGAAACUCACAUAAUAUGCGGCGGAAAGCCCACAACACGCCUCAAACUGAGAGACACCAUUAUGAAAUGCUUACAGAGUUUUUAAAAACUUAAAUCUAUUCUUAAGUCAUAAAGAAUCAACAAGAUAUACAGACUA